UGUUGUAAAACGGGUAUGUCAUGUGACGUUAUAGGCAGGGUGUUUGUCUAACAGGUACAUUUGUGUAGAUAUUGUAUCUGUCGUAAAUUAGCAUAGUAAUGGUCUAAAUUAAGGAAAGCCUGGGUGAGCGAGGUGAAAAUAGAGGAUUAAAUAUUAGUUUCGAAGCGAAAACACCGAGGACACAAGUUGUGUCUCCUGCUUGAGAAAUGCCAGGUUUGGCAGAGAUAUGUAUUGGCAUGCUGUCGCUGGUCCCCCUGGCUUGGGCCAGAGUUGUCUACAACCACAAUGAAGUGUUCCUGGGACAACAGUCUGCGUCCUCGUACCUGUCUCGCUCGCUGCUCUGGAACAAAUGGGACCUGGAGCUGGUGACGCCAGGCAGCCUUGAGAGGGAGUGCAUAGAGGAGGUGUGCACCUACGAGGAGGCCAGGGAGGUGUUUGAGGACACAACCAAAACGAAUGUAUUUUGGGACACAUAUACCAGCAGUCACAACACGGCGCCCAGAGUGGAUGUGUCGGGUCUAGUGGCAGGGAUCUUGGCUAUUCUAGUGUCUGCUGUCAUAGCCACGGUGCUGGGCUGCUACUGUUACAAGAACAAGGCUGGUAGGACGGCAGGCAGUGGUCCAGUGAGGAUGGUUUUGGAUGGCCAGCCUACCCCAGAGACAGUGCCUCUCGCUGGGAUCAUCGCCCCAGGACUGCCCUCCUAUGGCGAAGCCCUGAACCGCAGUGGGCAGCAUGACGCACCCCCGCCACCUUACUCUGGGGGGGUGCCAUCAGAACCUCCUGACCCAGUUGACAAUACUGGGAUUAUUGCUAAUACUGAAGACACUGAGUGAAAAGGAGGGAUGGACAUUUUAAAAAGGGGCAUUCAGGAAGUGUGUGUGUGUUACAAGCUUCUUCAGUUGGAGAUCUGGACAGUUAUAAGUGAGCACAGCUGUGAACAUUUCCAUUUCAAUUCCUGUGAGUUGUUGAAAUAGACAUGGUAUAUGUCCAUAUAAUAGGAUAGCAUUUCAAUCCCUGUACUGAUUGAACUUGGGAUGUAAUUGACACAGUUCUAGUUUUUAGGACUUUUUUUUAUUCAGGGUAAGAGGGGAGUUCAUGGGGGCAAGGCUGAAGGAUGUUAAGAGAAAUUAAGGGAAUGGGAUGAAGACUUGUUAAGAGGUUACCUGUGAGAAAGAGAAGCAAUCCCUUGAAAGUUACAUAUCUUGAAAGCAUGAUUGCUGACAGUCACCAAAUGUUUUGCUUAUGUCAACAAUGGACUAAUGAAACAAAAAAAAACGUU